AUGGGAAUUCUAGCAGACAAGAUGCUGGAUUAUAUGGUGUCUAAUAAGUACAUAGACAAGUCAGUUCAUAAGGGCUUUCUGAAGAAGACUCCUGGUUGUCUUGAACACACCCAAGUGCUUAUGGAAGAGCUAAAAGACGCCAAAUCUACUAGACGUCAGAUAUUCGUUGUCUGGGUAGAUUUAAUGAAUGCAUAUGGCAGAGUCCCACACAACUUGAUCCUCUAUGCCCUCCGGCAUUACAAAUUCCCUGAAUGGCUCAUAGAUUACAUACUAGAGAAGGUAAACAAGCAGAUAAAGUUGAUGGAGCAGUUUUUGGAUUGGAGUAGGAAAAUGAAGGCCGAGCCUAGCAAGUGUGUCUCCUUGGGAAUGAAGGUGAUAGAUGGUACGUACCAGGCUUAUGACCCAGAGAUAUUGAUUGACGGCCAGAUAAUCAGCUAUGUAGGAAACAACCCGAUUAAGUUCCUGGGCCACUGGAUCUAUGUCGAUCUAGGGUUAAAUGACACUAAACAACAGAUUGAAGACAAACUAAAGACUCUGUUUCAGACAGUGGAUGAGUGUGGUCUCAACGGUGUCAUGAAGUGUUCGAUCUACAAUAACAUGCUGACUAGCAAGAUGUCCUGGGAUCUGAUGAUUUACAACCUUCCUGUAUCAAAAGGACACGCCCUGAAGAACAGUGAUGACACCAAAGUUGUAGAAGCCUAUAAUAACAAGAAAGAGAAACAAGAGAACAGCCCGAGAUGGUCUUAUACAACGGAGCUGACGGCAAGAGAGCGAGAUCUUUACUUCCAGGAAUUGUUUGGAGUAGUGACUAAAGACCGAGUAGGACUCGGAUGCAAACCAAAGUUGACUGAAAGGCAGAAGCUAAGACAACUGGUAAAAUCGGUGUCAGAGAACGACAUGCUAGUCACCCUGGUAAACAAGGGAGUACAGGGCAAGUUCUUGACAUGGGAGAACACGAUGCAGUUAGACUUAGGAUGGAACUGCCUUAUCUACAACUACAAGAUGAGCCCGGCUCUCCUUAAAUUCCGCCUAAACUCGACACACGACGUGGCUAAUACCCCUGCAAACAUGAUAUUGUGGAACUACUCGAGUACAGGAAAUUGUACACUUUGUGGUUGGAAGACGUGCAACAUCAAGCACAUCCUAGCCGUCUGCAGUGUAGCAAGAAACUCCAAAAGGUACAACUGGAGACAUGACAACGUCGUACGUGUUAUAGCCGGAGCCUUGCUUGACCAACUCAAGAUGUACAAUUCCUCACGUUCCACGACCUCCGACAAAGAAUGGAUACGGUUCAAGUCGAAGGAUGGGAAGUAUGACCACCCAAAGCCAAAGUUGAGGAAGGAGAGGCCCUUUGAGAGAGCGAAAGACUGGAAGCUGAUAUGGGACGAGGAUACACUACCUGCCCAGUUCCCACAGCACAUCUACAACACAGCGGAGAGACCCGACAUUGUAGUAUGGUCGGAUAGUUUGAGAGAAGUAGUUCUGAUUGAACUGACUUGUGGUGACGAGAGUAACUUCAGUGACCAAGAAGCACUCUAA